AUGUUUUUGCCAGCAACGUUGCAACAGAGACUGAAUUCUUUCGAAUGUGAGAGUUUGCCAGUGAUUCUGGUGAAGGAAAUUACAUACUUUGUAAUCGAGUUGGCUAAGAGAACAAACAGGAAAAAAAAAGCAGAAGAGUCUUCAGCUAAAGUGAGAAUGGUGGAUGUCGCACAGACUGUGUGA